UUAGGAAUUAUGUCGUAUGUAGGGCCUUCUAGUUCUGCCCCAGGAAGCACCACAAAGAUAAAAGUUUCAAUUAGUCCAGUUGGAGAGAUUACUGGAGAUAACAAAAAUCAAUUCACCUCAUUUCUAGGAAAUGUGGUCAGGACUCAUUGUCCAAUUGCAUACAAAGACUGGCGGCUUGUGCCAGAUACCAUCAAGGAUAAUGUUUGGUCAACUAUUUUGGCCAAAUAUGAUGUUGACGACAGUGACAGCUGUAAAACUGCCAUAAUUAAGCGUGCUAAUGAUAUGUGGAAGGACUGGAAGAACCGAUUACGAGGAACUGUCCUGGAUAUGUAUGAUAAUGAUGGAGACAGGAAAAAAAAUUGCCCUAAUGGCGUAAAGCUAGAAGAUUGGGUCAAAUUCGUUGAUUACGAAUCUACAAAAGAGGCAAAGUCUCGUCGUGGAAAGGGAAAGGAAUCCAGAAGCGAAAUGAAGUUCCCUCACACGACUGGGCGACGGGGAUCUGUUAGGACGGCAGAGUUGAUUGCAUUUUUUCGAUCUGGCGAUACCUCAAGUCAUCGUGAUGAGUCAGCUCCACCUCCACUUCUACGGGUGGAACAAAUCUGUCAUUUGACGGAUAUUUGUAGUCGAGUUGUUGCACGUGGGCGUCUGAUUAGAGAUAAUGCAGGCAUCCCUCCAGAUUGCAUCAAAGUUAUAUUGGAUGUUGUUGAAGUUCCUAGUGCGAAUGUGUUUGGUGACAUUGAGAAGACGUUAGCCGAUUGCGACGUGGGUGAUGUUCUCGUUUGGCCUAGAGUGCUGACGAAAACAUAGAUAUUAAAGGAGUUUACUUAAAACUUUUCCUAAGUCAAGAACAUAUUUUUGUAAUUUGGUCAGGACAUAUGGAUUGUGUUUGAAGUUAUUUUGGAUAUUAUUUGACUAAAUCUUUAUCUUGAAUUAUUUAGUAGUUUUGCUUGACUAAUCUAGUGAUUUGUUUCAGCUUUUCAUCUUCUUAUGCAUGACAGAAGGUACACAUAUUUCUAUUAUGAUUUAUUUUAAUUUUUUCUUUGCUUAUGCGUAAAAUGUUCUGAUUUAAAUAUUAAGAACUACGUAGUGGCUUGAUCCCAAUCUUCCAAACAUUGGGUACGUAGGCAGCCGUUCAUACUAAAC